AUAGAGCAUCGUCUGCUCGCGUGGAAAAUACUUCUGAGAGGACUGAGGAAACUCUUCGAUAGGCGACCUUAUUUGCGGAGCCCGGAGAAUGGCUCAUAGAAUACCGUCGGAAUUUGCCUUGGAGAAUGAGUGCACUGCCGAUCAGAAGCGAAUUAUCGCCGAGAGAGCGAAAAUCCGACAAGCUCUUCGGAAAGAGUAUAUCCUGAAGGUCAUGGAUCCUCAUGGCCCCCCAGGCCCGGUUAUGGAUCCUGCAAUUCUUCGAUGGCAGGCCGCGAGAGCAGCUCACUUCGAGUACUACAAACCAUCAGCGAAAGGACGAUUGCUGGCUGCGACAGCCCUCAUUUUCCCCAUUGCCCUCUUCACAUACCUCUCCUACACUGAUAGGGUCGAAUUCGAUCGGAAAUGCCGGAGUGGAGAAAUCCCUUACGAGAAGCGUCUUAAUAAGAAUUUUUGGUAGAGAGUCCGAUACCACGUAGGCUCACUGGAUGUAUGUUUUUUUUCUCGAAUAAAAGAUAUGAUCGUGUAGUUCGUUA